GCCUGCUGGGCCCCACGCACCUCCCCCUCAUCUCCACUCAACUCCUUCACCCGUUCCCCUCCGUCUCUCUUCUCAGUUCCCACUGCCGGCGACGAGUGGGCGAGCAGCGGCGCCCUCCGCCACGUCUUCGCCGGGCCCUUUGCCGGCGGUGAGCACCCACCAGGCAUGCCCGCCCCUUGUCUUCCGUUCCUCCACUUCUGCCCCCAGCUUCCGCUACCGCCUCCGCGGCCCGCCGUUUGCCGCCAGUUGGCCAUCGCCUCUUCGCCGGGCCGCUGGAGCCCCAUCACCUUCUCCGUCUCCAGGGCUCGCGUUCCAGACCCUCCGCAGCGGCGGGCUGCGGUUGUUAGCGGCCGCGCGGUGCGUGAGGAACAACAGCAGUGGGGGCGCGCGGGUGAUGAGGACGGGGAGGACCUCGGGGAGGCGCUCGAUAGGACGCGGCAGCUCGUUGAGUGCGCCAUGUUCGCGGCCGUCGCUGGACUCGCCUACUUCCUCAGCAAUUCCCUCGCCAUUGAGAAUUAUUUUAGUUGCUUUUUUCCAUUGCCGAUAGUAAUCUCCUCCUUAAGAUGGGGACUAGAAGCUGGCAGGAAAACUGUGGUGGCUACUGUUUUACUGCUAUUCACAUUAUCUGGCCCUGUUAAAGCAUCAUCUUAUCUGCUUAUGCAUGGAGUUGUCGGUCUCAUCAUGGGUACUGUUUGGAGAUUGGAGACCAAUUGGAUUGUUUCCAUCAUCCUCUGCUCCAUUGUCCGUGCCCUGGGAGCUUGUGGUUAUGUGCUAGUGUCAUCGUUUCUCAUAAGAGAAAACAUUCUCGCACUGAUAACGGUUAAUAUUCAUGCUUCGUUGACAUAUAUCCUAGCGGCAGCUGGUGUGAACUCAAUUCCUUCCAUGGAUGCAAUAUAUGUACUGUUUGGGACAUUGCUUCUACUUAACUGCGCAUUCUUCGUCUUCCUCCUGCAUGUAUUGUAUACAGUAUUCCUGACGAAGCUUGGGAUAAAGCCAUCGCUGAGACCACCAAGAUGGCUGGACAACGUUCUAUGAAAUUAGGAGUAGAAGGGCACCGUAGUGACUGUUUUACUAAUUUGUGGAUGGAAGCUGGCACUCUGACAGAGCCUGUAAAAUGAGCUCUCUUGUUCAACCUUCUGGGUACAUGAUCCUUGUUGCGAUAGUUAGUGAAUGAUCAAAUGUGGUCUCAAUUGUCAGCAUAUAUAUUACAGAAUCAGCGAAGGAUUUUAGUUAACAA